UUGCGCUCGUCUUCACACUCAUCUGAACCCAAAAACCUGUGCAUCUCACAUUCAUCUACCUCUCAACUCCAUACAAACCAUACAAAUACACCAUGAAAUUAGCUUCAAUAAUCCAAAAUGGGAUGCAACCCCCGCUCAAAAUCGAUGUGGGGUUGCUUAAAUUCACUCCAAUUUCAACUUCCAAUCAGUUUCCCAAAUGGAUUAACCUUCAACUCACUAAUUCCCCCAAUCUUGCUUCAGGUGUUUGUAGAAAUGCGUGGCUGAGAAAGUUGCCUGUUGUGCGUGCUAAAGGAGUUGAACAAGAAGAAGAAUCUGUUUCUGCAGAUAAACAUAUCGAAGAAAAGACCAAAGAUCUCGAAAACUACAAGACGUCUGCGAAAACCGUAGCCUUGUGCGUCUUCUCAGCUGUGGCAUUUGGUGUCGGUGUGGGAUUAAAAGAGGGAGUCGGCAAGGCUUCCGAGUUCUUUGCGGGGUACUUGCUUGAACAAAGCUUGUCUGUGGAUAAUCUUUUCGUCUUUGUUUUGGUAUUCAAAUACUUUAAGGUGCCACUUGCUUAUCAGAAUCGGGUGCUUUCAUAUGGCAUUGCCGGUGCAAUAAUCUUCCGUUUGUCAUUAAUACUUCUUGGAACAGCGACCCUUCAGAGGUUUGAGGCGGUGAACUUGCUACUGGCAUCGAUACUUCUUUACUCAUCCUUUAAGUUGUUUUUUGCUGGUGAAGACGAUGAUGACGAUCUAUCAGACAAUUUUAUCGUGAAGACAUGCCAAAAAUUCAUUCCAGUAACAUCUGCAUAUGAUGGCAAUAAGUUCUUUACAGUCGUGAAUGGAGCUUGGAAAGCUACACCUUUGCUUCUAACCGUAGCAGUCAUCGAACUCAGUGAUAUAGCAUUCGCUGUGGACUCUAUACCAGCAGUUUUCGGUGUGACAAGAGACCCCUUCAUUGUUUUCUCGUCUAAUUUGUUUGCCAUAUUAGGUUUAAGGUCUCUAUAUACACUGAUUUCCGAAAGCAUGGGAGAGUUGGAGUAUUUACAGCCUGCCAUUGGCGUAGUUCUCGGCUUCAUUGGAUUCAAGAUGAUCCUAGAUUUCUUCGGGUAUCACGUAUCGACUGAAGUUUCUCUCGGGUGUGUGACAACUACUCUUAGCGCCGGGGUUCUGUUGAGUCUAUUUAAGAAAUCAGUUUAGCAUUAAGAGAUUUAUGCUUGUUGGGGAAAAACCCAAAAGUUGUUUUGUUCUUUUUAUACCUGAAAGAAAAUAUAAAAAAGUAGCAAUUAAGUUAAUGCUCAAUUAAGUAAAAUAAUUAAUGAAUCUUUACUUUUAGUGACA